CAGUAAUAGUGAGGAAGCCUGUGGCAUUCUACUGAGUUCUAACGCAUUUGUUGCCUAAACUAAGCACGAAGACCCUCAGAAACACCCGAACACACAGUCAUUAUUAUUUUAUAUGCUAAACCUCACAUAUCGACCAUCCUCUGUAUUUUGGACAAGCUCUUUACAUAUCUACAACCGGUGUCUGUGCCCUCGACUGCAAAGGAAAACGGGCCUCCCUCUUUGGCUAUUGAUUUUUCUUGAACGAGCCUUCCUGACCACCCUUGCGUGGAUCGAUGUCAUAUGCUGACCACUCUCGCUUCUGAACAUUGCGUAUUAAAUUGAUCGCGACA